AUGAAGCUCUUCAACGCUACCCUCGUCGUUCUCGCUGCUGCUCAGGAAGGUGAUGGCCCCGGUGCCGACGCUUCGAAGACUCUUAUGGGAAGCUACCAGGAGCAGAUCAAUGCUUUGAACGGCAAUGGAGGCGCGUACCCCGCUAACAACGGCUACAACGCCGGAAGCAACAACAACUAUGUUGCUGACCCUUACAACGAUCUUACCGGCGGUGCAUUUGGCACUGGCGGAGGUGAUGUCUAUGAAAACGGAAAUGGCUAUGUCGAGCAAAACUACCAGGCACCAGCCAGCGACCAGUACGCCAACAAUAACUACCAGCCUGCUAAGAACAACUACCCUUCCAACAAUCAAUACAACACUGCAAGCAACAACUACAACAGCAACAACUAUCAGCAACCACCAGCAAGCAACUACAACGCCGGCGCUUCCUACAACGCCAACAACAACUACCCCGCGCAGAAUCCAUAUGGAGGAGUCAAAAACCCAACGGGAUACCCCUCCACUGGGCUCAAGUGCUGGAGAUGUCACGCCACCAGCUUCGAGGAAUGCGCCAACAACGGCUACGAAGAAACCUGUCAAUCGAACCAGGAAUCAUGCGAGUUAGAGAUCAGAGAAAGAAGCCACGUCCGAGGCCAGGCUAGAUACAUCGAAAGCAUCAUUACUGGUUGCAAGCAAAAGAUGGCUUGCUCGAACAACCAAGCCCAGAACUUCCAGAACGCGAACCCUGAUUACACACAAUGCCGACCAGAACCCGAAUACGGCCACUCCGUCUGCCGACAAUGUUGUGAUGAAGACAACUGCGUUAAAGACCCAGAAUGGUGGUACCCAACCACCCGAGCCGAAUGGGCUUACACUGGCGAAUCUUACGGAUACUGA